UCGCUCUCUCUCUCUCUCUAUACACCUCGGCCAGCAAUAACACACGAAAUCGUUCUUUUCUCGGUGAUUUGUUUUGAUAUCGUGCGAAGUCUUUGCGGAACACGGGGCACAAAAAAGGCUCCUCGGAACGUCGGAAGCAGAUAGUUGCACACACAUACACCAUCCCGUUGCCAGUUCAGCUGAAGUUCCGGUUUUAACGCGCCAUGGUAAUGUUGCGCUCGGUGCUGUCCUCCGCCAAGCGCGUGCCGCUGAUCAAGUUCCGCAAGGGUGGCCCGUUCCAGGAGGCGGCCAGCCAUACGGCGGGCGGUGCAGCCGCCAACACAGCCGCUCCAGCGCACGCACGGUCCGUGUCGUCGGGCGAGGCGAUUGAGGAAUGGCAGCUGCCGGCACGCUACCGCAGGAAACCGAUCGAUGACGUCGAGAUGGAUUGCAUUAACCGGGGCGGAGCACCAGCCUAAACCGCUGCUGGUGGGGAGGGCACCAGGCCAGAGCGUAGGUGGUUCCGUCGUGCGUAAUCUCCCCCACCCACCACUCGCCGGAUGGUCCCGAUGGCUUGGCGGUGUUGGGGCACGUGCGUUCCCUAGUCAGUAAAGAGAAAAGAGAGAGUAAAAAACACAAGGCGAUAGCCGGACGGCAAGCGGAAGCAGCACUUAUGCGUUAGUACAAUUCGAAAAGUAAAUGUAAAAUGUAAAUUGGCAGUUUAAUUUAAAAAAAACCCUUCUUUUCUCUUUUUCCACGCUUUUGCAGGGCUCUGGUGUAGUUUCUAAAAAGCAAUGUACGUUACAAAACAAAACCCUAUUCUGAAUUGGAGCGGCACUCGAAAUUGAAAACAGUGAGUAACAAAAUUAAACAACCGCAAUUAAUCAGCAGCGGAGGCGAUGAGGGAAGGUUCUUCCGUUUGAUCUACAGGAUGUGCAGCUCUUCAAUCGGCACAACACACGACGUGCAUGCAGGCUACUUUCGUGCUACAAUAAAUAAUUCUAUCUAUAUCAAGAAUGGUGCUAACAGUAA